AGGAUGAGCUGGCAUUAAUGACGUACCCCGGAAGUGUUUAUAAACUCAGGGCUAAGCUAAAGGCUAACGCGUUGAUCAGAGGCGUCAAACAACGAGCAGCUGUCGGUGCAUGAUUUCGUCUUUAUUUCUGUGAAAUUUGCAGGUGCAAAGAUGAGUCUCCAGUGGACAGCUGUGGCUACAUUUCUUUAUGUCGAAGUAUUUUUAGUUCUGCUUUUGUGCAUUCCAUUCAUCUCCCCCAAAAGAUGGAGUAAGAUCUUCAAGUCUCGUCUAGUGCAGACCAUUGCUCUCUAUGGAAACACCUGGUUCAUGGUGGCCAUCGCCAUCUUAGUCUUCCUUCUCAUCGAUGCAUUCAGAGAAGUGAGGAAAUACAGUGUCACAGAGAAAGUGGAUCUCACCAACAAUCCCACGGCUAUUGAGCACAUCCACAUGAAGCUUUUCCGAGCCCAGAGGAAUGAGUACAUCGCAGGGUUCGCCUUACUACUGUGUCUGUUGCUCCGUAGACUGGCCACCCUACUGUCCCAGCAGGCCACUCUGAUGGCGUCCAACGAGGCUUUUCAGAAACAGGCCGAAGGAGCAAGCUCUGCAGCCAAGAAGUUUAUGGACGAGAAUGAGCUUCUGCAGGAGAAGCUGCGUGAGGCGGGAAUUGAGAUCCCAGAGGCAGGAAAAGCUGCUGGGAUCCAGGAAGAGAACAAGAACCUGAAAUCUGAACUGAAGACUCUCAAAGAGGAACUGGACUCCUCUAAGAAAGCUCUGCAGAAGUCCGACAGUGACGUUCGUGCAAUGAAGAAACAGGCUGAAAACUUGACUGUGGAGUAUGACCGGCUGCUGGAGGAGCACAGCAAAUUACUGGCGACAGGUGACAAGAAAUCUGAUUGAAGCUUCAUACUCAUUCUCAUCGUGUUUGCGUUUCUGCCCAACAACCACACCUGUCAUUGCUCCUCUGCGCUCUGAUUGGCUCAAAUAGAUU